AUGGGUGGAGUGCCUGCCUCCGGAUACCGCUCCCUAUCGUUUUCCCCGCCAGCCAUGACUUGUAUCUUUUUCGUGGCACAUUUACGACUCACAUCUGAGAUGACCGGCAGGACGGGGUUCACUGAAACCGAAAUGAGUCUAAUUCCGACCAGUCGUCCGGAUCUAGACCUAGGCCAACCUGAAAUGCCGGGAGUAGCAGUCCCCCCAAGCACCGAACCUGACGGCUGCCCCAGGAAGUUGAGCUGGGCGGAAAUGUCGUUGGAAGAAGAUUCCUUUGGUAAAGAUGUGGAGUCGUCACAACCUGUGUCCAAGACGGAACGAAGACAGGCCGUGAAACCAUCGAGGGUCAGCUGGGCUGAUUUCGGCAGUGAUGACAGUUUCUCUCUGCCUGUGCCACCUAUUAAUCGUAGGACGGUAGUUAGGGGAAAUACAACGUUCCCCAAGGUAGCAGCAGCUCCUCUGGAUGCACAAGACUCGUAUAUUGAGGCUCCGACCGAUGCCAGCAAGCUGGCCCUUGGUGUUGCAGGGCUUAUGACGACUUCUGGGGAGGAGGAAGAGAGUCUAAGGCCGGCUGGGUUCGGCUUUUUAAUGGCCAACGCUCGUAUUGUUAUACCAGAGGAUUCUAAAGGGAGUGUCACAGGAGGCGACUUCCUUAGCAAUUUGCCAGGACUGUCGGAGGACAGCAAACGUCUUACAGGCAAACGUCUGACCUCACUGCGGGCCCAUGGCGAGUUAGAGAUGACGACAGCCAGCAAGUUCCGUAAGCUGAAUAGCGGGCAUAGAGAUGUGUCUAAGGGCCCAUCAUUCUUCCCGGAUCCCAAUGCUGGGGGCCGUAUCGACCCAAUCUUCGGUAAUGGGAGUCUUGCACACGACGCAGAAUUUGUCAUUGAUAGUGUGAAAACACCUCAGACUGAGCUACGACGGCAUCGGCCUAUUCUGAGGGCCCGUAGGAGGAAGACGACUGGUGGUACUACAAUGAAGACCCGAUUGUCGGAGGUCCCAGCUACGGAAGAACAGUGGCGAGCACGGGCCGAACAAAGGGCCAGACAGAUUGAAAUCGGCAAGAUGACUGACAACUACUUAGCAUAUAGAGCCUCGGUUACACCAAGGAAACGCAAUCCAGCGGUGGACCCCAUUACACCCGACCCUAAUGAGAGGGUUAGCAAGAGGGCGUUCGAUGCGGAUCUCAAGCAGUGGCGGAAGAAGCUACACAGUAUUGUGAUACCAUCAGCAAAGGAAGAUCACAGCAGCAGUGAUAAGAAAUAA